AUGGGAGGCAAUCCAUCACCAAAGCCAUGGAACCCAGAACCCACACCGGGGAUUCCACCGCAUCUACUCAAACGAUUCGACCUCUCAACAUCCACCGUCUCCGAUAACACAUGCGGGUUCUACACCAGCGGCGAUUUUAACGUGGUCCGUCAGUGCGGCACCGACUCAGCAUGUCGAUUCCACGCCCCGAACACCGUCUAUCCCGGUAUGCUGGCCUGCUGCGCCAAGACCGGCGACGCAGGGUGUGUCGGUUUCUUCACCAAGUGCUACGAGUGGGCCGACGUCCAAACUAGGACCGCAUUGCUCGAUCAAACUGACGACCCAUUUGCCGUGUGCAGCGAGUACUUCGUGACGGCGUCGAUGUCGUGGAUUGAUGAUUUCGAAUUGAAAUCGUACGCCAACGCCGGGUUGACAACGGCGUCUUUGCCCGGCGGAGUGUCUGCCACGGCGACGGGCUCGACUGGGUCCUUGGGGUCUUCGACGCCCGUUGGAGCGAUCGUGGGUGGUGGCGUGAAGAAGCGCAAUGCAGCGGGUAUCGUGAUGAAUGGAGCCUCUGGGAAGCCGUUUGAUGGUGGACAGAAUUCCACGAAACAGCAGCCAGUGCCCGAGUUAUAUGGCAACGACAGCGCGCUGAAAUUCGAGUUGUCGAGCAAUGUCGUGGCGCAUGAAACUAGCGAGCUUCCGGGGUGUGAGGGACCUAUGAAACACGAGCUGCCAGUGUACGACACUUCGCAGAAAUAG